UUGUAUGUCAAAAAAAAAAUAAUAAAAUCAGCUGUUGAAUUGAAAAUAGGUGCGUGCUUUUUGGAAAAAAAGUACUUUUAGAAAAACUCGACUUUAAUCAUAUAACACAAAAAGUAUGUCAAAAAACUCAGAAGAAAUUGAUUCUAACAACAAUAAUAAAGAUCUCAAAGAUGCUUGGGCGAUACGUCCAUGCAAUAUGUACAAGGAAGAAUACAGUGAUUGCACAAGCAUUAAAGCGAGAUUUCACCAAUAUUUUGUUCAUGGAGAAUCAGUUGAUUGCAGUCAAUGGUUGACAGAUUAUGAAAACUGUGUCAGGUACAAGGACUCAAAUUGCAAUGAUAUCAAAGCCGGUGCAGCAGUUGUACAAAGCGAAGAAGAACGUAGACAAAAACGCCUAAAAGCCCAUUAUGCAAACACAACUUGGAAGAAACGUCAGAGUCCACCUGAAGACUGGGCAAAGCCCUUACCAGAGUGGCUUGCAAAAAAGAAUGAAAAUACAUAUUUGGAAGUGAAAGCAAAUGAAAUAGCCGGUGCAAUACCUGAAGCGGCAGAUAGCUCCUACUGUUUGGUUAUGUAGGUAAAAUUGUGGAAAUAAAUUUUAACUUACUAUAGCUUGUUAGCAUUGAA